AAAGCGAAAUGGACCGUUACUCGGUUGUUGAAACUCUACAACUGCGACGAACAGGAGACAUGGCUAAACGGCAACGUUCGGCUUGUUAAAGCCUUUGGUUUGAUCCUCGUCUGUCAGAAAUUAUCUCUUUACUUAUUUUAAUUAAAUACUGGACCCAGUGGCCUGAUAGAAAAACUAAACGGAUAGAGGGGGACUGUAGGGGGCGUUUCGCUGCCCGUUUGGAUCGGGAUGAUCUCCAACUGCGGGGGGUGAUCUGUGUGUUUAAACUGUGGGGUGGCGACAGUAGGAUGAGCUGCCUCCGAACUCACAAAGUCUGGGGGGACUGACGCACACUGCUACAAAUACAGCAGAACUCAUGAUUCAUCGCACCCUAACAAGGUUCUUUCCUUCCUUCUUGGAAACAAAAUGGGCCCACAGCACCACAGAUCCCCCACCCACCCAACAGUGCCGAUGCAGCCUUCCAGAGACUCUCCCUCCCUGUGCCUGAGAAACCAGCAGCAGCAUGUCCCGCGUCUCCUCCACCCCCAAACGCUAUGCUGGCUCCUCCUACACCAGCCACUAUAGCUCCUACAGCUCCUCCCUGACCCCAGGCAUUAGCUCCUACAGUGAGCGGGACCGGCUGUCCACCUACAAGUCCCCCACCUCCACCUCCUCCUCAGGUUACUCGUCCAGCUACCUGAGCAGCUCCACCGUCCGCGGGCGCAACUACAGCGCCUCCUCGGACCCUGACCGAGACCGGGGUCGAACCAUCCCACGCACCGACAUCCUCGGGAGUAGCAGCAGCAGUCGACGGAGUGAGAGCCUCAGCAGAACCCCUGUCAAGAGCUACGGCACGUCAGGGCUGAGUGGGGGGUCCGCUUACUCAGGCUACAGCUCCUACUCAUCAUCUCCGGCCCAGUCCAGCUACCUCUCUUCUUCACAGGCGGCCUCCAGCAUCUCACUCAACAGAAGAAAAUCUGUUUCCCAGAGUGACCUGAGCAGGGACUUGUCCUCUCUGAGCCUCAGUGAUGCUUCCUCCUCCUCCACCAGUGCCCUACGGAGCUACCGCAGUCGAACUAAAGAUGUGGGCGAGUCGUAUGACGUAGGCUCCAGAACGGGCUGCUCGAGCCUGUUACGGAGCUCCACUCAGGAGGCCUUCCCACGGAGCUCCACCCAGGAGGCCUUCAGUAGCAGCAGCAGCAGAGCUUUUAGCUCCUCUGUAUGGGAACCAAGCAGCAACGGGUUGUCUGACAGUCUGAGCAGGAACUCCACAAACUCAAAGAGUGCCCAAGGCCUGGUGGGACUGAAGAACUUAGGAAAUACUUGUUUCAUGAAUAGUAUCCUGCAGUGUCUGAGCAACACACAGAGUCUGCGUGACUACUGCCUGCACAACUCGCACCGCAGAGACCUUAACAACAACAGCCGCACCAACACAGCCCUCAUGGAAGAAUUUGCCAAGCUGAUCCAAACCAUGUGGACGUCGACCAGCAGCGAGGCGGUCAGCCCGUCAGAAUUCAAAACCCAGAUCCAGAGAUAUGCUCCAAGAUUUGUGGGAUACAACCAACAGGAUGCUCAGGAGUUCCUACGGUUCCUGCUGGACGGCCUGCAUAACGAAGUCAACAGGGUCACUGUAAGGCCGAGAGGCACCGUGGAGGACUUCGAUCAUCUGCCAGAUGAAGAAAAGGGGAAGAAGAUGUGGAGUAAAUAUUUGGAAAGAGAAGACAGCAAAAUAGUUGAUCUGUUUGUGGGGCAGCUGAAGAGCUCCCUGACCUGCAGCCACUGUGGCUUCUGCUCCACUGUGUUCGAUCCCUUCUGGGAUCUUUCUCUGCCUAUCGCAAAGAAGGGCUACGGUGAGGUGAGCCUGAUGGACUGCAUGCGGCUCUUCACCAAAGAGGACGUCCUUGAUGGGGAUGAGAAGCCGACGUGCUACAGAUGUAAAGCCAGGAGGAGGUGCACUAAGAAGUUCACGCUACAGAAGUUUCCUAAGAUCCUAGUGCUGCACCUGAAACGCUUCUCUGAGGCACGACGAACCAGCAAACUGUCCACCUUUGUUAACUUCCCCAUGAAGGACCUCGACCUUCGAGAGUUUGCCUCCGGAAACAGCACAAAUGCAGUAUACAACCUGUAUGCAGUGUCCAACCACUCAGGCACAACCAUGGGAGGUCACUACACAGCCUAUUGUCGCAAUCCCAGCUCGGGAGAAUGGUACACCUUUAAUGACUCUAGAGUAACGCCAAUGUCGUCCAGCCAAGUGCGCAGCAGCGACGCCUACGUCUUGUUCUACGAGCUGGCUACCUCCUCGCGGAUGUGAGGACUCCUGAAGGACAUGGCUCUGCUCUGUCUGACACACAGAUGGAUGGACAUUUGUUUUUGGACAUUAGUUCUUCACAAACACAUAUGAAGACCCCCCCCCACUGUUAGGUGGAGAGGAGAACACCAUGGACUCCACAGGAAUCUGAUCCACCAGCUCUGUUCUCUGUGUCUGUUUAUACUGCUGUGUCAUGCUCAUCUUGACUGCAGGCGUGUGUUUAGUGUGUGUGUGUGUGUGCAGCAAAAAACAGGGCAAUAACCCCAGUGCACCAAGCAACCAGGUGAAUCCAUGUCAGAAGUCCCUCUCUAUGCACUGCAAACCAAACUCUCAUCCUGACUGCGCCUUCAACUCUUCUUACUCGUCUCGUUUGCCUCAGAUGAUUAAACCUGACUUCUUCUGUUGUUUUUCGUUUGAGUACAUAUUUGUUUGUCUUUCAGGCCAUGCGGUGGGGGCAGGGUUAUUUGCAAAGCACCAUGAGCAUUAUCUUUGAAAUGUGGAUAAACCUUUCUUAGAAUGACUGGAACAGGACUUGUUAUGAUGUGCUUGGUUUUCCCACAUCGCCCCUCCCUCCCUCCCACUGCACUGCAACACUCCCAUGUCUGUCUGCAUCUUUUUCACUCUGUCUCUCACUAAGAGCGGUCGGGAGGGCUGGAGGCACUGUAAAUGUUUCACUUGUGUUUUAUUUCAUUUGUUUCUCCCACGUGUGGCUGCUACUGAUGCUUUACAAAGUGCUGUGAAUGAAUGAACGGAUGGACAGUCCAGUGAGGCUCUCAUGAGGAUGAGGUUAUAGAAACAAUAAUAAUGGUAACAAUCCUCAUCAUAAGGAUUGGCUCUUUUCUUCCUCUCUUGUUUCAUACCAUUGAACAACACAGAAAGAAUGUUUUCACGAAGACGAAAUACUAUAUCUGUAUAUUUUUAUAUCUUGAUGCAAUAUAGAGAAUGUACUAUUCAAUGGUGCUGAAAAUGACCCAUAACUGUUUUCAGUUGGUUUAUUUACCAGGUUUCAAGAGAGAAAAAAAAGUUCUUAUUUAUGCUUACAGGUGAUGAUGUGAUGAGUCACAGUUUUUAACAGUGGCAGUACUAUAUAAAUACAUAGAUAUAUAUAAAUAAAAGUCAACAACACA